CGUCCGCACGGAAAGCACACGUGUUUCAUGCUUCCGCGACCGCGACUGAAACAUCGGGGCCCGCUUUUGUCAGUGCCGUGGCAUCAACGACGGGAAAACUUGAGGGAAAGUGCAAAGCCCCGGCGACCUAACCCGAUCGUAGCGAUUUCCUCGGGUUCAAAGUGAUCUCGAAUGCGAGCGCCUCGCCGCGCCGCGCCGCGCGCUGCGACCUCGGUCACAUUUUUUUCCUCUUUGUCUGUCGCCGUCGCCGUCGCUGCCGACGUGGAAAACCGACGGAUUCUUGCUGUCAGUGGCGAAACGGACCCGGAAGAGGUCACUCGCUCGUUUCGGUAGCGUGUUUCGUGUUUGACAACAGGUCGCGACGCGAUAAGUGAAUUACGAAAUUCUGUGCAAGAGCCGUCUACGAGUUCUGUUCGUUAUCGCGAGGCUAAUGUGAUGCUACAGUUUUGUCGGUGAACACUGAUUAGCCACUCUACCGUCGUAUUGUCAUCGGAGUGUUGAAUUUGAACCCUUCUCGAGCACGCAUUAAAAAGUCCCCGAAGAACGCGUUGCGACUCGUUUUCUUUUCUUCUAUUGAUACCUGCUGGUUCAGAAACGAGGUUUGCGAAAUGCAAUCGCAGAUCAGAGGUGCCGGAUAAACAGUUUCUUGCUAGCUAGAACACUGCGUACCACUGUGUAUCGUGAGAAGCCGAUCGUCAUGUAGCCGAUUAUCGAUAUACCCAAUUAAGAUCAAGAGAGAAGAAUUAGCUGUAAUUAAUCAUCAGUGUUAUCGAGAAAGCGCGUGCUCUUGUCGUGUCUGGGAACAAAGUUAUUCGAUCCUAGAAAUAUGGUGCGAGACGGUGCGUUGGCUCUGUUUGCGCUUCUUAAUCAGUUCAAUUGAAUAACGUAUUAAUACGUUGGGGUCAUCGCGAGGGGUUAAUCGCAAUGUCCACGCCGGACACGAUGGACAUCAUUGAUGAAGCGGAGCAGGCGUGGCACGAGAUGCUGGAGUGCGAGACCGGAUCAUUAUUGGGUCGCGUCGCAGACCUCGAGAGGCAAUCCUUGGCGCAGAGGGACGAGAUAGUUUGUCUCCGCGCUACGCUAGCGGACGCGCUUAGGCGAAUCGCUCAAUUGGAAGGACGCGAGAAAAGAGAAGAUGAAAGAAACGAUAGGAGAAACGACAGGAUGAUGUCCUCGCCUUUACGGAACGGACAUGUACCAGUUAGAAGUAAUCAAAACUCGGUUCCGCAAAAGGAUUUACGUUUACGUCAAACUAAUAGCACCUGCCUGAGAAACUCCUCUUCCUCAGGAUCUUCUCAGGAUGUUCGGGACUCGAUGUCCAGUCCACUGAGGCCAGUCAGUUAUACACAUUCGUCACAGCUCCCUCAAAGAAGGUCAGUUCAUUACCAAUCAACUGGUUCGUUACACUCGGACAGUCCUAGUAGUAGUAGUGUUUCUCCGGUGCCAUCUCCAAGUCCUAGAGCCACGCCACUGCCAGUAGCCAGAUCACCAACAGCGAGAUCAAACGGCCCACCCCAAAGCAGCUUACGAAGGGCCAAACGGUGGUCAUCGACAGGGGACUUCAUUCAUUCGCCGCAGAUCCAAGGAAGCAACUCGCAACUCGUCAGUAGCAGAUUGUCAGCAUCCACCAAGUCACUCUUCAACCUCUUCAAGCCCCCGGCGCUGAACAACGUGAAACACGGCACCAGAGACAUGCAGUACAACGAAGAAGAAAACACUGUCCGCAUGUACCUGAGAGGCCGACCGGUGGUCCUCUAUGUGCCAACUCCUCUGAUGGAAUCGUAUGACCUUCGCAAGGUCAGCACACCUCCGCAGAACAAGUUAAAACUCAAUUGGGUUUAUGGUUACCGUGGCAGAGAUUGCCGAAGUAAUCUUCACUUGCUACCAACCGGGGAAAUUGUCUAUUUUGUUGCGGCCGUCGUGAUCCUGUACAAUAUGGAGGAACACAGUCAGAGGCAUUACUUAGGUCACACGGAUGACAUCAAAUGCAUAGCUAUUCAUCCAAACAAAUUGGUAGUUGCUACUGGUCAAGUAUGUGGAACUGACAGACGAGAUGCCAUGCCUCAUAUAAGAAUAUGGAAUUCGGUUAGUUUAACCACACUGUGCGUGAUUGGUAACGGUGGCUUCGACGGUUCCAUUUGUUGCCUCUCGUUCUCAAAAGCAGACGGUGGAAAUUAUUUGUGUGCGAUCGAUGAGACAUCGGAUCACAACAUUUCGAUCUGGGACUGGCAGAAAGGGGAACGGGGUACCAAAGUAACCGAAACUAAGUGUUCUGUUGAUACUGUCGUAUGCGCUGAAUGGCAUCCGCUAGAACGAAAUCAGAUUGUUUCUUGCGGUAAGGGUCACGUGUCCUUUUGGUCCCUUGAUAACGGUGGCAUGCUGUACAAACGAAUGGGUAUUUUCGAAAGCCGAGAAAAGCCGAGAUACGUAACCUGUGUGGCAUUCAACCAAAAUGGUGAUGUUCUUACCGGUGACAGCAACGGUAACAUUAUCGUCUGGGGCAGAGGUAUGAAUACGAUUUCUAAGCUAGUCAGGAACAUUCACGAAGGAUCUAUAUUCUCAAUUUGCGUUCUGAAGGAUGGUUUUAUCGUCACUGGUGGUGGCAAAGAUGGGAAAAUAUUAUACUUUGACGAAUCUUUGAAUUUGACUGGAGAGGAAGCACAAAUAGAGGACCACUUUGGAGGAAUCCGUACACUUGCAGAGGGCAAAGGUUCACAGCUGUUAAUUGGAACAACAAGAAAUUGUAUUUUAGUCGGUGAUGUGGGAAUGGGUUUCAAUCCAGCCAUGUUAGGCCAUGCUGAGGAAGUUUGGGGUCUUGCAGCACACCCUACUUUACCACAAUUUGCUACAGCCGGUCACGACAGGUUGUUGCAAAUGUGGGACAGCCUUAGUCACACGGUUGUUUGGAGUAAAGAUAUUGGGGAACAAGCCCAAAGUCUCGGCUUCUCACCAGAUGGUAAUGUUAUUGUAGUUGGAUGUACAUCUGGAAAAUGGUUAGCGAUCGACAGUGAGACUAGAGAAUUGUAUACGCAUCAUAGUGACGGAACAGAACCUAUUCAGGUCGCACGAUUUUCACCAGACGGCACGCUACUGGCUCUCGGAUCCAGGGACAAUUACAUUUAUAUUUAUCAAGUAAACGGUGAUGCAACUAAAUACAGCCGUGUUGGACGAUGUAUGCCAAAGCGGAUACGAAGACGUAGAGGUCAUUCAAGUUUCAUAACUCAUAUCGACUGGUCGGUGGAUGGACAAUACUUGCGGAGUAACAGCGGAGAUUAUGAACUGUUAUAUUGGAACCCAGGAGUUUGUAGGCAAAUUCCACAGCCUUCGAUGUUAAGGGACGUUCAAUGGGCAACCCACACUUGUAUUAUAUCCUUCGAAACAAUUGGUAUAUGGCCAGAAGGCGCAGACGGCACUGAUAUAAAUAAUUGCUCUCGUAGCGGCGAUUCGAAGCUUCUAGUAACUGGAGAUGACUUUGGCAAAGUCAAAUUGUUUUCAUAUCCAGCUUGUCAAUCAAAGUCUCUUUGUCAUACAUACGGUGGUCACUCGAGUCACGUCACGAAUGUAUCAUUCCUUCAUGACGAUACACGAUUAAUUUCUACGGGUGGAAAUGACACAGGCGUUUUACAAUGGAUUGUAAAUUACUAACUCUCUUCAAUUGGUGAAAUUCAACAUCGUGUUGACUUAUCUUUGAAGGGUCUCUGAUGAUCACAUGGUUGAGAAAUCAACUAAAUAAAUAAGACGAAUGUAAAACCAGAAAUGAAAUUAUGAUUAUUGACUAUGCACAUUAAGUUUACCAAAAAGUUCUGUCCGUUUAUGAAGUGAAAGAAAAAAAUAAAUUUUUCAUAUAUUUAAUAACGUGACGGCAAUUUGUAAAUACCAUUUUUGAAAAAUAUAUGUCUCAAAUGAACAUGUGCAUACAUAUUGAAACUUUAAAUGACAUUAUCGGAAAGAACUUUUUGGUAGACCUAAUAGUUCUAAAAAGUUAUGCAAACGAUAAAAAAAAAUUAAUUCGAAAGGAAAUUAUAAAUCUUUAAUAUAGGUUACGUACCAUUCAUGACUACGAGUGAAAAAAACUAAUUGUAAGAUAGUUAUAUAACGUGAACAUUAUCAUUAUUUUCCUCCCAAACGUAACUUUUGCGAGUAUCCAUUAUCGUGAAAUGCGUACGAUAAGCAGUAAAAUGUUCGUUAUAAUUGAACAGUUAAUAAAUUGAGAAGAUUUCUAUUUAAGAAUGUAACAGGGUAAUUGAAGGAAAAAUUGAAAAUGUCCAGUCAGUUGAAUUUCUGUUAAAGCUACUCCAUAAUGAACAACAAAGUGCAAACAAGUUACUUUAACUAAAGAAAUCUUAUAAUAAUUUUUAGACAUUCUUAUGAGAAUGCAAACAAGAAACGAAUUAUGCAAGAAAGUCCUUAGAUUGAACACUAUAAAACUGAUCAGUGGAUACUGGGUACAAUUAUGAAAUUACUUGUUACCUGUACCAAUUAAGUAUCUAUCAUCAACAAAAAAGUGAAGUCUUGUUGCUAUUUCAUAUUUACAGGUGAUUGCCACAUAAAUCAUUCGUUACUAAUAAUAAGAGAGGCAAUGUCAAAGUGAGAAAGUUAAAAAUGAAGAUAUCCAAAAGUUUGCAGUGAAGAGUGCAAAUUAUGUUUCAAUAUUUCUUCAAUAAUGCAUAGUGAAGCUGUCCUUUAUGUAUUCAUUGUGUUAAUAAUUAUCAUCCAAGCGUUGGAGUGUAAGAAACUGAUGUGUCCUUUGUGUAAUAAUCAUUAACAAUAAGUGCUAUCUAAUACUAUCAGGCUAUUAAUCAAAAGAUUGGGAAGAUGUAUUCAUAAGAAAAGCAGAAAGAUAUGUAUUUUGUAUAAACAUUUCUCUUUCACUCUCUUGUUUAAUUCUAUAUAUGUAUAUAUAGAAUAUAUCAGAAAAAGAGAGAGAGAGAAUUCUCUAUAUGUAGAGGAUAUACAUAUAUUGAGAAUGUGAAAGCAAUUUUCUUUCAUUGUUUUCUAUGAAUGUAGCCUACAAGUUUGUCACCAGUAGAAGUUGCCAAUUAGAAAUUAUGAAAACUAUGAGGGCAUGAUAGAAUAGUAGUAAUAAAAUAAAUGACUCAAGA